GAGACACUGGUGCUACCAGAAAGGGAGGAAGAGGGGUUUACCCGGAGCCCCGGAGCGAGAGCGAGUGUCUGAGCAACAUCCGCGAGUUCCUGAGAGGCUGCGGGUCCUCCCUCCGCCUGGAAACAUUUGAUGCAAAUGAUUUGUAUCAGGGACAGAACUUUAACAAGGUUCUCAGCUCCUUAGUCACUCUAAAUAAAGUCACAGCAGACAUUGGGCUGGGAAGUGACUCUGUAUGUGCUCGGCCCUCAUCUCAUCGAAUAAAGUCCUUUGAUUCCCUUGGAUCUCAGUCUUUGCUCAGUCGGACUUCAAAAUUGUUCCAGGGCCAGUAUCGAAGUUUGGACAUGACGGAUAAUAGCAACCAUCAACUGGUGGUGAGAGCAAAAUUUAAUUUCCAACAAACAAAUGAAGAUGAACUUUCUUUUACAAAAGGAGACAUCAUCCAUGUCACGAGAGUAGAAGAAGGGGGCUGGUGGGAGGGCACUCACAAUGGCAAAACAGGCUGGUUCCCUAGCAACUAUGUACGAGAAAUCAAAUCAAAUGAAAAGCCAGUGUCCCCCAAGUCAGGAGCCUUGAAGAGCCCUCCUAAAGGAUUUGAUACAUCUGCAAUUAACAAAAGCUAUUACAAUGUGGUGCUACAGAAUAUUUUAGAAACAGAAAAUGAAUAUUCUAAAGAACUACAGACUAUUCUUUCAACUUACCUGCGACCAUUACAGUCCAGUGAAAAGUUAAACUCAACAAAUAUUUUAUAUUUAAUGGGGAACCUAGAAGAAAUAAGUUCUUUCCAGCAAAUGCUUGUACAGUCUUUAGAAGAAUGCACCAAGUUGCCUGAAGCUCAGCAGAGAGUCGGAGGCUGCUUUCUAAAUCUGAUGCCACAAAUGAAAACCUUGUACCUUGCAUACUGUGCCAAUCAUCCAUCAGCAGUAAAUGUUCUCACAGAACACAGUGAGGAUUUGGGAGAGUUUAUGGAGAUGAAAGGCGCCAACAGUCCUGGGAUUCUUGUGUUGACCACAGGCCUCAGCAAACCUUUUAUGCGCCUGGAUAAAUAUCCUACUUUACUCAAAGAACUUGAAAGACAUAUGGAGGAUUAUCAUCCGGAUCGACAAGAUAUUCAAAAGUCUAUGACAGCCUUUAAAAAUCUUUCUGCACAAUGUCAAGAAGUUCGAAAAAGGAAAGAACUUGAACUCCAGAUUCUGACAGAAGCAAUUCGCUGCUGGGAGGGAGAUGACAUUAAAACCUUGGGCAAUGUCAUAUACAUGUCUCAGGUCAUGAUUCAGUGUGCAGGAAAUGAAGAAAAGAAUGAAAGAUAUCUUCUACUUUUCCCUAAUAUUCUACUAAUGUUAUCUGCCAGCCCUAGGAUGAGUGGUUUUAUUUAUCAGGGAAAACUACCAAUGACAGGAACGACAAUCACAAAGCUAGAAGACACUGAAAACCAUAAAAAUGCAUUUGAAAUAGCAGGAAGCAUGAUUGAGCGGAUAUUAGUAUCAUGCAACAAUCAGCAGGAUCUUCAUGAAUGGGUGGAUCAUCUGCAGAAGCAAACUAAAGUCACAACUAUUGGAAAUCCCACUAUUAAGCCUCAUUCUGUGCCAUCUCAUACUCUUCCUUCCCAUCCAAUCACACCAUCCAGCAAACAUUCAGACAGCAAGCCAGUGCCACUGACUCCUGCAUACCACACGCUCCCACACCCUUCACAUCAUGGGACUCCACAUACCACAAUUAAUUGGGGACCUCUGGAGCCUCCUAAAACUCCCAAACCCUGGAGCCUGAGCUGCCUGCGACCUGCACCUCCUCUACGGCCUUCAGCUGCUCUCUGUUACAAAGAGGAUCUCAGUAAGAGCCCUAAGACCAUGAAAAAACUGCUACCCAAGCGCAAACCUGAACGGAAACCAUCUGAUGAAGAGUUUGCAUUGAGGAAAAGUACAGCUGCCUUGGAAGAAGAUGCUCAGAUUCUGAAAGUUAUUGAAGCUUAUUGUACAAGUGCCAAAACUCGCCAAACACUCAAUUCAACAUGGCAAGGCACUGACCUGAUGCAUAAUCACGUCUUGGCUGAUGAUGACCAAUCAAGUCUAGACUCCUUGGGUCGUCGCAGUAGCCUUUCUCGUUUGGAGCCUUCAGACCUCUCGGAAGACUCUGACUAUGACAGUAUAUGGACAGCCCAUAGUUACAGAAUGGGUUCUACAUCUCGUUCCCGUAAAGAAUCUGCUCCCCAAGUUCUGCUUCCAGAAGAAGAAAAAAUCAUAGUCGAAGAAACUAAAAGUAAUGGUCAGACUGUGAUAGAGGAAAAGAGUCUUGUUGACACAGUAUAUGCAUUAAAAGAUGAAGUCCAGGAAUUAAGACAGGAUAAUAAAAAGAUGAAGAAAUCUUUAGAAGAAGAACAGAGAGCACGAAAAGACCUGGAAAAGCUUGUAAGGAAAGUCUUAAAGAAUAUGAAUGAUCCUGCUUGGGAUGAAACCAAUUUAUAAUGAACUUGCCUUUUUUUCUUUCUAUUGAAAGACCAGUUAUUUAGUUCAAGCUGGGGAUGCCUUCUGACAUUUGUCAGAAUUACAUCAAGAGCACUGCAAAGCAGGAUAUAACUGAACAGAGUAGUUAUCUUGCCUGUCAUAUGUAUAGAAAAGAUCUUGUUUAUCGUGUGUAUAGAAAGAUGAAGCCAUUUAGUGAAGAGUCCAUAUGUGAUGAUAGAGACUAUGGCUCCCAAACUGCAUUAAAUUAAAUUUGUUAGCAUCUAAAUUACCUCAUUUUACAAAAAGUGCAGUGACUGACUAAAAGCUUGUGUUUCUCAUCAGUGACUUUUAAUUGAACAUAUAUAAAUAUAUACAUAUAUAUAUUUCUUGUAAAUAUCUAUAAUUUUUAAUGCACACAUGGUUGCUGUAUCUGGGCUGACACCAUGCUAGAAUUUCCUUCCCUCUUAUCUUUAUGGCCACAAGGGUUAGAAAGCAUAAUCAUGCAUUCAUCUGAGUGGAGGAUAAAAAUGUCUGAAUCCUAUUGGUAGAACUUUAUAUUUGUUCUAAGUUACUUACUCGCAUCACACAUUUAAAAAUAUAUUCUGUUCUAGUACACUUAAAUAAUUUAACCUUAUUUAUGCCUGCCCAAGCAUUAAAACGACUUACAAGUCUUUGCUGAAAACAGUAUUAAAAAACCUUAAGGAUGCAAAAGUUCUGAGCCCAGGAUCUUUUGACCAGUUUAAACAAAUAGCCCAUGAUUCCUACAUUUAUUUGAGAAAUUGACAUACUCCCCUACUGUGGCCAAUUAAAGAUAUAUGCAAUUGUCUCCUUUGUCUAAUUAAUGUGAUUAUCAAUACUUAAUUACUCUAUUUUUUGAGAUCACACAUAGACGUUUAUGUAUAGAUCGCUAGCAACUUGAUGAAGUGCACUGUUUGUCCUCCCUUCAAAAAGAGGAAUCUAAAACCAUAUUAUGUAAAUAAAAUGUAUUAUUUAUUAUACAAUCACUGCAGCCAACAAAAACAAAUAGAGGUAAUAUCAUGAGCUAACAUUCAUGGGUAGGGUUUCUUUAUUAGGCCAGUCCAAAUUCUAUGAGAUCUAUUUUUCCAUCAGGAUGCAGCACAAUGCUCAGUGGCAGAGGUUUUCCCUUCUCUGGCAAGAAUAAAGCAAUAUACAUUUUAUGUCCAGCCAACUGAAAGUUUAAAAAGUUUAAACUUUCCCUCUCUUCCUUUCCUACCCUUUCUGCACACCCUCUGUAUAAAAUACAAAGCUAAUGGGGAAAUGGAAGUCUGGGAUUACAUUUGCUUUUCAGGCAGCCUCAGUCUAGCAAUCAAAAAUCUUACCAGUGGCUUGGAGUAGGUGAAAGCCUUGCCUAAAGAACAACCACUUUCCGUUAUGCUUCAGUGGUGUAAGAACUAUGAUCCCAGGAACUUCAGUGUUUCAUAUUUCAUACAGAUUAUUUCCUUUUUUUUCUGAUUAAGUCAGCUUUAACAUGAAGUGAAUUGUUUCAUAGAGCAUGUGCAAAUUUUUUUUUUAAGAGGCAAAAACCUGCAAUGCUGUACAGUGGGGCUCUUGGCAGAAGGCUCAGAAAGACUAGCCAGCCUCUGGCAUCAGAGGGUUAUCAGGUAUGAUUCAUGUAGCCUGUACCCAGAAAGGUGGUUGACUGAAUUUAGGAAUUUUCUGAAUACUAGGCAUAAGACAAUGGGAGUGUUUCCCCCUAAAAAUACCUGUACUCUGAUACACUUCAUCCUUUGGAAUCAACUUCAUAUCAUUAAAGGUUCUGGUCCUGAAUUUGUUUGAGUUAAUUCAGUGGCACAAUUAGUCUUCUUUUUAGAAAUAUUGUACACACAAACCCUUUGUGAUAUGGCUAAUCGAUGAGAAAAUCUAGGGGGAAAAAUAUAAGUGAAUUUUUCAUUCUAAUUCAAGAUUCACACUUAAUGCAGAUAUCGCAAGGCUAAUAAGUUUUAGGCUUUUUUAUUUAUAAAAUUUUCUUAAACUGGAUUUUGUUCCUUAAUUGCCUACAAUUAAAAGGACAUUGCACAGGGAGAUAGUACAAAGGAGGAAAGUAUUUAAGUUUGCCUUCUUUAGCAGAUUUUAACUCAGGAACAACUUUGAUCUGAUCUUCUCUCCAUCACUUUGUUAAAGGUGGUAUCGCUGUGUCUCUUCGCUGAGAGAUAUAACAUCUGUCCUAACUGAAGAACUACUCUAGCCGACAGCAUAUGCCAGAAUAGAUCUCUUACAGAACAUGCCUUAAAUAGUAGAAUGAAGUAUUUAAUUCAAGUAUGAUGGGUGUUUUUAAUGUCUCAUUCCUUCAUAUAGGGGAUGGUCAUUAAGAUGACCGUGUUAAUGCAUUGCUUUUUCUUUCUGUAGAUCCCAAACCAUGAAUUAAUAAGUCAGGUUUUUGGGGAGCAAAGAAAAUGCAUCUUGAGUGUUUCUUUUUUAAAAUUUUUUCUUUUGUACAUACACUCUACAUUUCACCGUGUGACCUUCUGAGGGGUUGGGAAUUUGAUAUAAACAUUAAAAAUGGGGCACUGUGUAUUUAACCUUUGAAAGGGUUACUUCUUUGCUCUCACCUUUUAUGGAUGAGGAGAUGAAGCCAUUUCUUAUCCUAUAGAUGUGAAGCACUUUCAGUUCUAAACUGUGUUUGAAAUGUAGCAUCUUCUUUUUGGUGUACUUAAUGAUGUAUGUGCUUGUUUGUCUCACCAUGUGUCACGACAUCCUGGACAUUAAACAACUGACUGCCUUUGUAUAGACUUUCUUAAUGCCAAUCGUUUGUUUAGGAAAUCUAGAGCAUCCAUUUACAAUAACUCUGGAGAAAAUUUUAAUCUAAAUGUUACAGAUAAUGUCCUGGUAUUGACUACUACAAUGUUUAUGCUACAUUGUUGUAAUUAAUAUUAAACAAUGAUUUGUUUCCUA